AAAAUUCAGCAUGACCGAAGCAUACACAGAAACGACAGCUGAAUACACUUAUGACGAACAUGCUUUUUCCUGCAAUAAGACUGACAUCCAAGAAUUUGGGAAAAUAUUUCUACCAGUAUUUUACAUUGCAGUGUUUGCUCUUGGCCUCACAGGGAAUCUAAUGGUGGUUUUUUCUAUUGUGAAAGAAGGCAGUAAAAAAAGCAUCACUGACAUCUAUCUCCUGAACUUGGCUAUCUCGGACCUUCUCUUUGUGAUCUCCCUCCCCUUCUGGGCUUCCAACACGGUGCGUGGAUGGACCCUUGGGACUAUUCCAUGCACAGCUGUUUCCUCACUCUAUUACAUUGGUUUCUUUGGGGGCAUGUUCUUUAUCACUGUUAUCAGUAUCGACAGAUACUUGGCCAUUGUCCGGGCAACAUAUUCUCUGAAAUCCAGAACAGUGAAACAUGGCUUUCUUAUAACCUGCGGAGUAUGGGCAAUAGCAGUUUUAGUUUCAGUGCCACAUUUUGUGUUCUCCCAGGUGAUAGAAAACGACUGCACUUCUGUCUUCCCUCAGGAGCUGGAGAACAUCUGGCCAGUGUUCUGCAAUGUCAAGCUGAACACCAUCGGCUUCUUCAUCCCAGUCUGUAUCAUAUGCUAUUGCUACUGUGGGAUCAUCAAAACCCUGCUGUUCUGCAAAAAUCAGAAAAAAACACGAGCUGUAAAACUGAUCUUGGUUGUGGUGCUCGUGUUUUUUCUGUUUUGGUCCCCCUACAAUGUAUUGAUUUUUCUAGAUACUUUAAAGCACUAUGAGUUAUUCACAAGUUGCAACCAAAUGAAAUCAUUGGACUACGCAAUGCACCUGACUGAAACCAUUGCAUUCAGUCACUGUUGUCUCAAUCCACUUAUCUAUGCCUUUGCUGGGGAAAAAUUCAGGAAAUACCUUUAUCAUGUGUGCUUAAAGUACUGUCCAUGUCUGUGCUUCUGUGGCCCCUGCAGUCGCUACCAGGUCACCUCUUCAGCUGGCUAUGCAGAAAGCAUUGUGAUCAGCAACACAACCCUGAACACCAGUGACCAGGAUGGCUCUGUCUUCGUCUAA